CAAGGUACGGCGUACGGGUGACGGGGGUAGCUUGCGAAUGUGAAUAAUUGCGAAGUGCGAACUGCGAAGAGGCUAGAAGAACGUUGAACGAGCGAACUACGAAUUCCGAACUUUAUCAUGAAGGUGAUGCGUGGUUAAUAGCAAAAAUAGACACAAAACACUAAAAUUCGUAAUAUUGUGACGCAAUCAAGGCAAACGAACUUUACACUAUUUCCGACCUGUGCUGUAAUAUAUAUAAUUAUUGGUGAAUUACUGUUUAGUGACACAAAACUACAGCUGUAAUGUUUAAGUUCUUGUCUAACUCCAUAAUAACUCAGGCCAGCUGUCAAGAGGUGGGGGGCCGGUUACUUAAAACGGGCUGAUACAGAACGGCUAAGAGAAAUAUUCUUAAGAUAUGCUUCAGUAGAAAAAAAUGGUGAAAAAUAUAUCACCAGUGAAGACUUUGUCCGGAAUUUUCUUGGACUAUUCAAUGAAGAUGACUACAAUAAGGAAUCAGUCAAACUUAUCGCAGGGAUUGUGGACAUGGAUAAAGAUGGGUUCAUCUCAUUUUCUGAAUUCCAAGCUUUUGAAGGCCUCUUGUGUGUCCCAGAUGCCCUAUAUAAAACAGCCUUCCAACUUUUUGACACAAAUGGAAAUGGCCUUGUUGCAUUUGAGGAGUUUGCGGAUGUCAUGCAAAAGACAGCAUUACACAAGAAACUGCCUUUUAACAUGGAAAGCACAUUUGUCCGGUUAUAUUUUGGCAAGGACAAGAAGCGGCUAGUGACUUAUCCAGAAUUCAGCCAGUUUUUACAUGACUUCCAUGAGGAAUAUGGAGUUGAAGCAUUCAAGAAAUGCGACAAGGACUGCAGUGGGUUCAUCAGUGUUGGCGACUUCAGGGACAUUAUGCUGUCGGUUAAGAACCACCUUCUCACUAAGGAUUUGAAGAGCAAAGUUAUUGAGGCUUCUGGUUUCCCUCAAGGCGAGCGAAAAAUCAGCUUUCCUUACUUCAUGGCUUUUAACUCUCUGUUAAACAACAUGGAGUUGAUAAAACGAGUUUACUUGAACGCAACCAACGGACACCGGUCACAAGAGGUGACUAAGGAAGAGUUUCUCCACUCUGCCCAGAUGAUGAGCCAAAUUACUCCGCUGGAAGUUGAUAUAUUGUUCACAUUGUGUGAUAUGAUGCACAAUAGCAACGGCACGGUUGCUGCCACAGACGUGUCCGGGCUGAGUUACGAAAGCAGACAUACUGGUCGCAUCGUAUACAACGAUCUCAACACAAUAACACCUGAACAGUACUUCAAGCAAGUAACGCGACGCGUCGCCGAAAUCAAAGCAGUUUCGAGUCCCGAGGAAAGAAGUAUAUUGAUCCAAAUUUUAGAGAGCACAUAUAGGUUUACUCUGGGAUCCAUCGCUGGUGCGGUGGGAGCCUCAGCGGUAUACCCCAUCGAUUUGGUGAAGACCCGUAUGCAGAACCAGCGAACUGGUUCGUUCAUCGGUGAGGUCGCGUACAGGAACUCGUGGGAUUGCUUCAAGAAAGUCAUCAGGCAUGAGGGAUUCUUCGGCCUCUAUAGAGGCCUUGUGCCGCAGCUUAUUGGAGUCGCACCCGAAAAGGCCAUUAAGUUGACUAUGAACGACUUAGUGCGUGAUAAAAUGAUGGACAAGAAAGGAAACAUUACUUUAUCUGGCGAAAUACUUGCAGGAGCCUGUGCCGGAGCUUCACAAGUGGUGUUCACGAAUCCGUUGGAGAUUGUGAAGAUCCGCCUGCAAGUGGCGGGUGAGAUAGCCGGCGGAGGUAAAGUCCGCGCCUGGGCCGUGGUGAAGGAUCUCGGCCUGUUCGGACUCUACAAGGGCGCGAAAGCCUGUUUGUUGCGUGACGUGCCAUUCAGUGCCAUCUACUUCCCUGCGUACGCGCAUGUUAAGGCGAAAUUCGCGGAUGAAAACGGAUACAACCACCCGCUUACUCUCCUUGCUGCGGGCGCCAUCGCGGGUGUGCCCGCCGCCUCAUUGGUCACGCCCGCUGACGUCAUCAAGACUAGACUUCAGGUGGUAGCACGUUCAGGACAGACCACGUACAACGGAGUAAUCGAUGCGACUAGAAAAAUAUACGCCGAGGAAGGUGCUAGAGCAUUCUGGAAGGGCGCUGUUGCCCGUGUGUUCCGAUCGUCUCCCCAGUUCGCAGUCACACUGGUGACCUACGAGAUACUACAGCGUCUCUUCUAUGUUGACUUUGGAGGAUCUCGACCAGCUGGUUCUGAACUGCACGUAUCGACUCCGGUGGAGGAGCAAGUGAAGCGCGCGCAUCACAUCGGCGGGUACCAACUAGCCACGCCCAUCCUCACCGGCCUCGAGACCAAGUUCGGCAUCUCUCUUCCCAGGUUUUCCUACGCCAAGCCCAAUUAGAGAAGAAAAAAUGAGAGCUUACAUUAGGUAACAUAUUAAGGUGAACGCACACUCAUCCGAGCCGAACGCGUUGAUUGAAUCGAAGUCAAUGAGGCCUCCCAUAUCUGAACCAGAAGAAUCAACCGCACCGAAAGAAUCGAAUCGAAGAAAUUUUUAAAACAAUGAAGUAAUAGUACUUGUGCGUUGCUUUGUCGUAUGCGACUGAUAGAAUGCGAGCGCAUCGGUCGAAUCGAUAUAAACCGCGACGAAUCUGGUGACGUCAUUCGUCUAGGAUUUCUGGGGUUCUCGCAGUUUCGAACGAUUCGACGCGAAGAAGUAUCCGAGGUUUCAUGAGAUUUCAUAUAGAGAACUCUUUCAUUUCUUACUUUUUUUCUAAAAUUCAUUUCGUUUGACUUGGAUGAGUGUGCGUUCACCUUUAAACCCAUACUGUAGGAGUUGGAUUAAACACUGACUUGAUUAUUUGGUGUUGCUUAAGAGGAAAUAUUUUUCAAAUAACAUCAAUACCAUCAUUGAGUGUGUCUAUCUAUUUUUUUUUUGAUAUUUUUUAAGUUCUAGAGUGCUUAAAACGGCUUAAUCAUAUAGCCCGCAAACAGAAACCUAGUAUACAAAUCCGACAAAAAUAAGCAAAGCAAACGAAAUCAUAGAAUAUUUCCUUCCUAUUCAUUCAAACAAAGUUUAGUUUCUAUUGGCAAAAUUUUCGAGAAAGAAACUCUAAUUUUUGCAUUUUAUUCGACAUUUUUAGUCGAAGCAGCUGUUGUCUGUUUUCUUUUAGAUCUGUUUAAAUCUGCAAAACUGCCUCAGCUAAACCUCUUAACGAUUGUAAUUCUAGAAAGAUGUGAACUCUGAAGAACUGUUGCUGCCAUAAAUUUAAUUUCCUCCUCAUUAUAAGUGUGGUUGGUAAGAUAGGUUCCCGUUAUUUUAGUACCUUCGCAAAAGCUUCCCAAAGAAAUGUUCUAUUUUGUAGUUGUUAGUUCUAGUGUUUUUUUUUAACAAAAAAUUGGAUAUUUUAUUUUAUAUCACUUAUUAAUUAUCUGCCACAGAGUCACCCCUUUGAAAUGGUACACUUUAAACUUUUUAUUUCAAUUGCCUUACAUAAGUUAUACAUAUACACUCUAGAUAGAUCCUCUUGCUGCUAUAUAACCCAUGAAAACAGGCCAGGUUUAUUACUUUAGUGUGCGUAACAAGCUACGUCUUACAUUCGCGAUUUGUAUGUCACUUUGUUUUAGUGUAAGUGCUUUGCUGAUAGAGGAGGUUAACUGUCAACCUCGAUUUUUUUCGACGUUUUCACAGCUGUCACAGUUUAUCUAGACGUAUAAAGGAUCUAAAACAAUUGCAUAACAAUAAAUAUUUAUGUACAUGCUCAUUCCCCACCGGUGUUGUUCAUAAGGUCACUUAUGUUUUGGUAACUUUUAAACACAAACACUUCCUUUAACCCCUCAGAAGCUCCCAUGUACAAGUGUCAAGGCAAGCUUUUAUAUGGUCCUAUGCUACCAUGUCCAAGUGGACACGGAAGACAGCCGUUAAAAAUCGCCAAUGUCUACGUAUCCCUAGACAAAAACACCAGAGAAUUUUUUUACUGGGUGCAUUAUUAAUUGCUCUUGGCUAAGAGCAAUAAAACAAAACAAACGCUUCUAAAGCAAAAUAUAAUAAUAUUAAUUUGAAUUUUUAUUAUUUAAAUUAUGCUAUAUUUAAAAAUAAAAUCCUUACUACUUAAGGCCGAGGGUAAUUAUCAGGUGUUCAAUUAAAUUCGGUUCGAAGGACCAUGUCUCCUUAUGACCCUGCUUUAGCAUUUCAAAAAUGCUAGCUUUAUACCGUGCUUCGGUCACCAUUUAAAUGUUUUUUUGUCUUAAUGAAUUGUAUAUCUAGGUAAUAGUUACAGACAUAUAGUUUGUGGUAUUUUAGACUUUAUAAAAGCCUAGUGUUUUUAAAAACUAAAACAUCCUAUCAAACAUUACUAAAAAAAAUGUUAACGUUGAUUACUAAAGUGUAUAUAUUAUGGAUAUUAAUAUAAUAUCGUAUUUAAACGAUGGGCCAUCAUUAUAAUUUACUCUGUAUGUAGUUCAACUCGCAGAGGUUAAUAUGAAAGAGUAAACUUUGAGUAUUUAACGAGCUGGAAUAGGUCAAGACGAAUCUUUCCGCACACACAUAUACGAACACAACUUUUGUGAGUGCGGGCCCGCGACUUACUUUGUGUUUUAAGUGUAAGCAACAUAUUCUAAGGUAAAAUGAUUCAUUAUAGAAUGUAUGUAAGCAUAGAUAAUUUGUAAGUCUAGAAAGAUUGUGGCAGCUGUGAACACGGCGAAAAAAAUUGCGGAGAACUGUUGGCCCCUAUUUUCAACAACGCAGGAAUCUAAAAUAAAUAGACUGUAUCAUGAACAUUAAAGUAAUAACCCUGGUCUGUUGUAAUGCGUUGCUUAACACUAAGAGACAAUCUAGACGUAUAAAUUAUCUUAGUGUGCAAGUAACUUCAGGGCGUUAAGUGGUAUUCAAAUAUUACCAAGUACUGCUUCAAAGAUGUCAUUUUUCUUUUGAUUCUGGAGACUUCUUUGAAUUGUGCUGUUAAAAUUCAAAAGCAAUAUUGAUGUAAUUUUCGGCAGUUCAAAGCUUUUUAAUAGACAUUUUAAAUAUAACACAUACUUCGCAGCUUAACUAAUCCAACUGUUUUCCUAUUAUUAAUUUGCCAUAUUAUUAUGCUUUUGUUUUCGUAUAAUUUUUAUCUUUCGCUUAGUUAUAAGGAUAGUAAAUCAAAAUCAUAUUUAAUUUUUAUAUUCGAUUUUUUUUUUGAAUAUUUAUUUUUAUAUAAACUUCGUGUUGUUAUUAAUAUUUAUUAUGCCGUCACAUUAGAUAGAAAAAUAUACUCAACAAAUUAUUUUGGAUGCACUUUUCAAAGUUAUAAUUUCUUAAAGCUUUUUACUGACUACAACUAAUUUGAUUUAUAUGAAAAUGUUAUUAAAUACGUGUAUCUAAACACCGGUCGUGAAGCAAAGUGAAUGUCGGUCAUUGCCCUAUUCAUAUCUGUCAAUGUCACUUGAACAUUAUUUUGACCUCUUUAGUGUCAAGACUCGAUGUUUUUGCGGUUACAUAGUAUUUUUAAUAUUACAGAUUUAGUUCUCGUCUAUAUUCUAUCACAUAUGAAAAAUAAUAGUUUAUACUUAUUAUGAAAAUCAAUAUUUUGUUCGUAUGAUAUUAAAGUAUACAUGGAAUAAAAUAGAAGUAUGCUGUAUACCGUCGUAAAAUUCUGUGUUAACCCCAAAAGACGUGUUAAGCACAAAAUUACAAAGCGUGCGCUUUGGUGUGUCAAGACCCUAAGGUCAAUGACCGAAAAUUUUUACCCCACGACCGGAGUUAGGUAGACUAUAAUAUAAGAAGCGAAUUUGAUUAAAAUAUUGUGAUUGUACGUUAGAAGUAUAUUAUAUAACCUUAAACAGUAUGGUAUAAAGAGAUUAUACUGUAGUUAGACAUUAUGAAAAACGAAUGCAUAUCUCAUUUUAUUGUUAUUUGCUUGGGCACAUCCAUAUAUAACUCAAUUUUUGCACGUGCACUCUUGAAAUGUAUUUUUAAAAUUACACAAAAAUUGAUUUAUAAAACUUUAACAGCAUAUAAUAGUACAUUAUAUGGAAAAUAAGUUUUUAAUGAGAGACAUUUCAGGGUAUUUAAUACUCUUUAUAUAUGGAUGGCCCACAAUGCACAAUUCGAAAUAACAUGUUAAUAUAUAGUUAGGUUUAUUUGUUGUCAAACAACAUUGUAUAAAGACAGUUGUGUGCCGCCAACGGGGGCAAGAUGCUAAUGAUACACUUUGUGUUACAAAUAAAUCAUUUUAAAAUGU